AUGAAGAAACAGAAAACAAGCAUACGUACAUUUCUCAUUAUUUUCGCAUACAUUGGGAUGAGUGUCUUACUGUAUACGUAUAUCCCAAAUUAUAGAAUACAUUUCAUUACAAGAAAUGAGUUCAGCACACGGAAUACUCGACCAAUUAUUUUGUACUCUCAGAGAGACCUUUCAAAGAUAUACGAAAAGUGCACUUGCUGGAUUAAUUGCACGUGUAUUUCUGGCUCAGUGGAUUAUUUGCUUAAAUCAUCAGAUAUUCUACUGCCAGAUGUAGAUGUAUUAAUGCACUCUCCAUUUGACAUCUCCUUAAUACUACAGCACAAAAUAACAAAAACACCAGUUAUUUUACAGAAAGAUCAUAUAUACGCAUAUACAUCGCAUAAAUUCAUCGAUUACAUAAAGAUGUUCAGAUAUUUCUUUGAAGGAAUAUCCUAUUUUGCACUCUCUGAGAUGCAGAAGCAUUGCAACAUCAAGAUAAUUACAUAUUUAUACAUAAUUAUGUGUGUACAUAUGGUAGUAGCAAAGUAUAACAGCAGAAGGCGCAGUAGAAAGGCAGUAUGCAUGGAAGAACUGCAGGCACUAUGA